CAAAUUAAAGCUGGGUCGCGUGCUUUGUUCAAUUCGCCAUUGUCGAUUUACCGAAAUCCUGGAUCAAAACAACAUUUCUAAGCAACAUCAUGGCAUCGCCAGUCAUGCACUAGGUGUGACAUAAAAAAAAUAUAACUUCACAAGCCUCGCAACAGUACAUACAGUAAUUGUUGAUCAUCCCCGACGCAGCAGCAAUGGCCACGCCAGAUAUGGACGUUAUCAAGGAAAUACCGGGCUACAAAGUUAUACUGAAGGCCGUCCUCAAGAGUCAAAUUCAACAACUGGUGGAACAGUUGGCCACCACAACCGACGAGGAAUCCGUCAUCCUGACCGCCAGUGUGGGAGAUGGCACGCUGAGUCAUCUCGGGUCAGACUCUGGGAAAACGUUUCUUGAGGACCACGAGGAUAUCAAGUCACAGUUCCUCGGCUUUUGUUUGAAACGCCAUCACAAGCAGAAGCAGGAAAAAAUGGAGAAAGAGAGGCAGGAGGCUUUGGCUCGGGUAGCCCCGGUAACGCCCCCUCGAUAUGGCGGAAUGGGUGGUCCAAGGGCUUCCUAUAUGCCCCAGAGAUCACCACGCUUCACCUCACCCAGAAACCAGGGCCCUCAUCCUGUGGCCCUCAGUAGGGCCUCAACAGGAGCACUACGGAACACUGGGCAGGGUGGGGCCAGGCAUGAGCCUUACCCAACACAGAGGGCACCCAGGAGGGGGUCCCUGAGCUUUGAUCAGGGCCCUGGGCCAAGAUCUAAUGUAGGGAGUGGGGGACAGGUGAUUAAGGUUGAACCUACUGAUGAUGAACAGUCAAACCAGAGUGCUCCAGGAAUGACUGGAUCAGACACAGCCCAAGGAUCUAGUGAACCCUCAUCCCCAUCUGUAAAUCAAACUGGUUUACAGCAGUCUACAGAGAGAGAGGACGAUGCUAAAUCAGAAUCUAGUUCAUCUACCAUUCCUAACGAGUCCUCUGAUCUCAAACAAACUGACAAUGUACCACCGGGCGGACUCAGUCUGGGUUCCGACCUAUCUAGUCUCAUACCAGGAGUCGCAACAACCACCUCAGAAAGUGUUCAUGAUACGAGUGGGAUGGACCCUAAUGUGAGUGUUAAACUUGAGGCUGGUGAUGAUGGUGAUAUGGACCUUGAGAUUACUGGUGUUGAGCUGGGGAGUCGGCCUGGGGACCCUGUUAUGGCCAGUUCCCAGGACUGGGCCCAGCAGGCUAUGGGCGGGAUGCCUACUGGUGCUUCUGGGGGUCCAGGAGAUAUGACAGCUCAACAAGGAUACACCGACAUGGUAACGGUGGCCUUGAACAAAGCGAGGUAUGGAGGCGGGCGACCCUCACGACCCGAUCAUAUCAAUGAAUUUCCUGAGCUUCUGUUCUGUAAAACGUGCUGCGUAUUUGCCGAUUACAAUGAAAUGGUGGAAAAGAAGGAUAAACUGUAUCGUUAUUGCUGUCCGACAUGUGGGGAUCCCCUUCGAUUAAAAUUCCAAGGAAAACAAUGCGGGUUUUUCUGUCGAUUUUGUGGGCGGCGCGUUCGGGACAUCUGUGAUCUUAAGAAACACGAGCGUACACACACAGGAGAAAAGCCAUAUCAUUGCACGACGUGUGAUAGGAGGUUUUCCCAGAUAAGUAAUUGGAAGGGACAUCGUUGUGAGAUUCUUGUCAGUGGUGCUAACAUGGAUUAUAUGCCCUUGGCUUUAGCCAAAAUAGAAAAUAAUCAGAACACUAGUGGAAAAAACAUGUGUUAUGUCCCCUUAUCUAUUGUGAAAAGUGACGCUCAGAAUUCAGGCGGAGUAAAUAUUAGCACUGAACAUGGCUCUGUAGUAACAAAAGUUGGACAGGUUUCGACAACUAUUGAUGAAGAUGAAAUGCCUGCCGCAGAAAGUAAUGCACAACAGGGUGAUAUUGAUAAGGAUGUCCAGUUAAUUAUUGCAAAUAUUAAGGCUCAACAUUCCAAGAAUGACACUUGGUCUGCUGCAGUUUCAAACAGCGAAACAGAGCAAAUGGUUGGAAAUGAAGAUGACAGUGUCCAGCUUGUUAUCACGAGUAUUGAAUCGCAAGGUUCAAAUGUAGAAACUUUGGACAUGCAGGUGGUUCAGACUGAUAGCUUUGACGACAACUUGCCGCCAAAGAGAAAAUUUUGGUGCCAUUACUGUGGAAAACUGGAGCCGAAUCAAAGGCAGACAAGCAGAGACGGAAAAACUGAACUGAUGAAGUACAGAUGUGAUUUCUGUGGGAAAACAGAGCCGACCAAGUGGAAACUCGACCAACACACCAGGAUUCAUACAGGCGAAAAACCGUUCAAGUGGCAAAGUCCAACUGCGCAGCUGUCUCCUGGGAAGACGCCAAAUGAGUUCACUUACCAGACAUGCGUUGUGACUGGGGUAAGAGUGUUCCGGUGCCCGUUUUGCAGGAAAAUUGAGCCCACAAAGUACAAAGUCUGUGCCCACAUGCGGAUCCACACAGGCGAAAAGCCCUUCGCAUGUGCAGUGUGUGGGCGUGCUUUCUCGCAGAAGAAUAAUCUGAAGAAACACAUGGUGGCUACAGGACAUAUUGACAUACCGACAAACUACCAGUGCACACAUUGCGGGAAGCUUACGCAGUCUGGGUCGGCCCUGCGAAACCAUGUUCGCAUACACACAGGAGAAAAACCAUUCAAGUGUGACAUGUGUGACAAGGCUUUUGCACAGAAAAACAACCUGAAAAAACACUAUUUGGCCCGCCAACAGCAGCAGCACUCAUCCACAGCAACUUUCCAGAGUCUCCCAAACCUCUUACGGCUUGAGAAAAACCGUUGUAGCGAGUGUGGCAAACUGUGCUCGGGCCCGUCCGCCCUGAAGCUCCAUCUACGAAUCCACACGGGGGAGAAACCAUUCCAGUGUAUCAUCUGUAGCAAGGGGUUUGCCCACAAGAGCAACUUAAAGAGUCACAUGAUCACCCAUACGGAUUGGAAUAACUUAGGCCUAAAAAAGUUUGUUUCUGGUUACAUGCCCAAACAGGUGUGGAUCGGUCCAACCGAUAUCCUAGCUACAGCUUUUUACGGAGCAAUGGGAACAGAAUCAAGUCCACAAAAAUACGCUCAGUCUGCUAAGGCGACCCACAAGUGCCAGUACUGCGGAAAACUGGAGCCCUGCAAAGCUAAGCUCGAGAUUCACGAGCGCACUCACACCGGGGAAAAACCAUAUAAGUGUGAUGUCUAUAACCAAGGCUUCCUGAAUUCAUCUCCUUAUGACCACCAUGUUUUCACAUCAAGCACAUUCAAAGAUCAGGGCAAAACAGCAUUAGAUGGUCAUGGUCAACUAGCAAACACAGGUCAGGAACAACUAUUUGGUGCAGGGGAAUUUGAUGGAAAACUGAAGAGAUCUGAGUGUCCUGUGUGUGGUAAAGUCCUGUCAUGUAAAAGCGCUUUAACCAUUCAUAUGAGAAUUCACACAGGAGAAAAACCGUUUGUAUGCGGGAAGUGUAACAAGCGAUUCACACAUAAGGGGAACUUAAAGUCGCAUUAUGUCGUGCAUAUUGCAGAAGAUUCUCUUUUACCAGGAGACCCUUAAACAAAAGCAUAUGACAAAAUAUAAGUGAAAUUAAGCUCUGUUGCUAUAUGUUGUGUAUUAAUAUGUUGAAUUAUUCUCUUUAUAACAAGCAUUGAGAAUUUAAAAAACUCAAAUAUUUAACUCGAACUGAUUCUGUGAAAGUGGGUCUGUAUUUCAUAUGUAUUUGGUUGGUUUGUAAGGAUUUUAUGAUGUGGGUAAAAAUAACAUUUUUCUCUGGUAUUAAAGGAUUGUCUUUAAAUGAUGUAUUAUUGAACUGUUCUGAAGGUUUUUGUCUCUUAUUUGAUUAUCUGUACAUUUAAGAGUUUAUAAUUCGUACAAUUUUUUUUAUUUUGUAAAAACAAGGUCAUUUUAUGUCAUUUUACAACUGCUGUACUCAGUUUUGCAUGUGAACGUUAUAUAGACAUAUAAAUGUAAAAUUAAUGUACAUUAUCUGGGAUGCAAGUGUGGAAAGUUGCUUUUUUCAUGUGUAAUUCAAAAAUGCUACUUGUUUCAGUAGAUUGUUAAACUUGUGCACGUUUUAUAGUGUCAGAUAUCAAAAUAAAACAAUUGAUAUGUAAUGUGAAUAAAAUGAUCUUUAAAAAUUGUACCACCGUUAAAACAUCUUUAGUUCCAAUAAGAUCUCUAUUGUUAAUAGAUAUUGAAUAAUGGAACGUAUAAUGUUCUAUUUUGCUAAGUUUUUGUAACAGCUAUUGAAAAUUGAAUGAUUUUAGGCUAAAAAUAACAAAUUUCUGUUUACAUGAGAAUUAUAUUAUAUAAGUUGUAUAUCUGCACAGUUGCUGUUUGUUGAUAAAAGUUGGUCAAAUAUAAAUCAUUUUAACUGAGAUUGAAAAAAAUUCUUGCCAAUAUCAAAUUUGUGGACAAGUCCCUUUAAAACUACCGGUAGUCAAUGUCAAUAAAGAUGUGAUAGGUUUUU